AUGUCAAAGAGGGGAGACGAGGAAGCUCGACAGCCUCUGCUGUCCAACACCGAUCAUGACAGCCACGAUCCUGCCCAAGGGCGGCCCGAAGUAUCAUCCGGCAGUCCUGAACUGACGAACAAGGAUGAGGAUCGGCACUGGCUCGAGGAGCUCGUCUUCAAGACUCGCCGCCGCUUCUUUGUUUCGGUCUGCAUCUUACUCGGCUCUCUCUACGCCGUUACGGCCAUCCUCACCGGCCGUCCCCCAUGGGCCGGGUCGCACUUGCCCUGGACGAGAACUCCAGAACCCUACCGCAGCUAUGAGCUGGGAGAGGCCACGCGCAGACUCGAACAGCAGCCUUUCUGCCUUCCGCCGGCCAACAGGCUAGGCCUGGCUGAUACGCAGUUCGUGCACGAUCGCUCACGAGAUCCAAACUGGCUGCCUUGGAAUCGCCGAACAGGUGCAUUGUUUGACUCCCUCGGACACGAGUUCGAUCAGCUCGCCGGAAGCAAAGUGCGUGGCUCGUCUCAACGCUACCGCGAGUCGCUUCAUCUAUCCAUGUCCCUGUCGCAGGGCGAACCGUUCUACACGAGGAACGUCAAAGCUGAGGCCAACUCGAGGCUGCUCGGACCAACUGUUCAUCAUGCCGACAACAGAACCUUCCGCAGCCUUGCUCUUGGAAAGGCGAUCCGUCGUCUGAGCGUGUUGGCUUCAAGCGCUGUUGAUAGGCAUGUCGGCCCCGAAGAACUUGUCCAGGCCCUACGACUCAGACACUCCCGCAUCGUCACCGAGACCAAGCUCAGUCCCGCCAGUGCACCUCAUCGCGAAGCGAUCCUGCUCGAGACUACUUUUUCGGACAUGCAUCAAUUUGCACAGUCGAUCGUUGCUCUGUACCACGGCGAGAGCUCAGCUGCCGAUUCGUCCCUGCUAAGCCCGCACGUCAUCCGCAACUAUCUUAGACGUCUCGAGCCGACUACCGACGGCACGACUUCAGUCACGAGAUCCGCAUUCGUCGCGAUCAGAAAAAGCGUUGUUCGACAAGGUGGCAGUGCACUGAAGGGGGUUGGAAGACACAGUGCUGGAGGCUUGCGACUGCAGAACCGCGAUCGCAUGUUGGAGAUCGACGUUCUCACAGAGCUCAGGGACGAACACGAGCUGGUCAUCACCCUUGAUCUCGAGAGAGGGCUGAUUGUCACGUCCUUGGCUCAUCUCCGCGAAUCUCGUGGCAGCAAGACUCAGGCGUCUCACGGGCAGCACCAAGUCCAUUUCGGCGAAGCAAGUCUUUGGGAUUGGAUGAACGCGUCGGCUGAUAACAUCUUCCACGGGCUCGACUGGCAAUCCGACGAUCGUAUGAUCACAACACUGAGCGGCACCUACCGAUACCAGAGGCAAGAUUCGAGCGCAACCCAACCUGAUUCCGGCCUUGGUGGUGUUGACUGGCUCGAAGUUGACGUCACCCUCGACGAGAGGUCGCUGUGGAUCACCAGAAUCGAGUUGGCCCCGACAAAGGCCGGAAGCCCGACAGUAUCUGUCCUGCGCAAGUACAACGUCGGUGGCACCGCCGACUUCUUCGGUGGCUGGACUUGCACCACCGAUUACAGCAAGAACGAUCUCGCCGACUGCUACCGUCCUCACAUGGGUGAAGAUGAUAGCAAGUGCGUUUGCACUGAUUCGGCCGCCGGCACCACCUCCAACUACCGCGUAGGACUAUGGCCGACUUCUUCCGUGAGCCGUUCGGGAUCCUACGAGAUCCCCCGCGCUGCUAUCAGAAUUGAUGGAAGCAGCUAUAUGGACCAGGGUGUCGGUGGUUGUCCUUCGCUGUGGACGCCCGACGCCGGUCAGAGCGUCCCGGAGAUGCACCUGCUUGGGUACAAGCUCUCGUUCACAGAGGCACAGUACGACGACAAGGGUAAGAUGUUGAGACAAGCCGGAGUCAAAUGGCUCGACGUCGGCAUUGAUAUGGUACGGAUCAGCAAUGAUCAGCCUCGCUGGUGA